GAAACACCAGAAACGUAUAAAAAAAAAAAAGCCUAUAAUUCAAGAUAAUAAAUAGGUUCAAGAGGGGUUUUGUCAUUAUGUGAGAUUUUUGGGUGGUGUGUGAGAGGUUUUUUUUUUUAAGUAUGUUUUUUGGCGGGUUAUUGGGGCAAGUUUUUAAAGUUUUAAGGGUAUGAUCGAAUUAUUUUUUUUGGGUCACCUCUGAGAUUUUUUUGUUGUUUUUGUAGAAAGAGAUUUGUUGUUGUUUUUUUUUAGGACUGUGAGAGGUUAUGUGAAGUUAAAAAUUUUCCAUGCAUUUGAAGGGUUUUGGGGAAAAGAUAAAAAUGUUAUUUUUUUUCUAUACAACACCUCAUAUCUUUCUGAGGUAUUUGUUAUGUUUCUGCACCACUGUAACUUCCCCCCAGACAAGAAAAACUUCCUCAAAAUUAAACUCAAAAUAAAGCAAGAGCCACGCUGGAAAAACAUCAACACUGACAUACAUACACAUUGUCUCUCAGUCACUCCCACCCUCCUUCACUCACUCAUUCAUUCAUAACUCAUUCACUCUUCCACCAUGGAGGUGUUGCUCUGCAUCUUGUUGUUUGCUGCUAACAGAGUUUGGAGCUCUGAAGAUGGUACAUGGGUAGUGCACAUGCAUGCGGAGGUGCGCAGCCUGGCGGGCUACCCGGUGGUUGUGCCCUGCACCUUCAGCCACCCUCGCCAUUCCCACCACGCCUCAGUACGAGUGCGAUGGCGUCUGGUCGGUAGUCAAGGGACCACUGUCCUGUACCACUGCACUAGUAAAGUCGGGUCCCCUGACUGCGAGCCCGGGCCCCAGCAGGACCCACGAUACCGACUGGAGGGUGACCCCCGCUUGCAUGAUCUAUCCCUGCGCAUAAAGGACGUCACCCUGGGGGACAGCGGGAUCUACUACUGCGGUUUGGAAGUGGCGGGAAGAGAUCACAAGAGCGUGGAGGACAACUUGGGUACCCGACUGACGGUGGAGGCGCCACCCAACAUCUUGUCCUUGCGGGUGGUGGCCAGCGAAGGUUUAGGCUACACAGCUGAGUGCCGAAUGGAGGGCUCACCGCCGCCCGACAUCAAGUGGCUGGGCCCCGACCACCCCCUGGAAGGUUCUACAGCGGGCCCCCUCAAUCCGGCCGGCGACCUUGUCGUCAGCCAGCUCCACGAUGUCGAACCCGGAUGGCAGGUCACGUGCUCUGCCUCCAACCCACUUGGGAAAGAUCAGGCAACUCUCUACUUGCUGCACCCUCAUACGCCCCCACCCAAGGAUGGGCUACCGCCCCAUCUCCUUCUGCUCCUGGUUCUGUCUCUGGGGUCCAAGGUUGCCAUGUUGGUGGGGAUUGGGGUGUGGCUGGUGCCUAAGGUGGUCCUCUGGCACAAUUGAUUGCCCAUCCACUGUGUGCCACCCUGAACCACUAACCCCACUUUUAAACUUUCAGAAUUUUAAUCAUUAGCAACAAAGUCCAAUAAAGUUUACAUUUUG